AUUGUAUUUUCAGGAACGAACAAUGGUCUUUAAUGAUGGAGUAUAAUAUAAGCAGUAGUAAUGGAGUAACUCACGAAAAUGGCUCGAAUUCAGAAAAUGCUAGCACGGAAACAACAACCAGACAUUUGACGAGAGAAGAAAGAAUGCGUCUAGCAAACGAAUAUUACCAAACGUACGAUGCCAUGACUGGUGUAAGAAUAGCUGCCACCCUAGGAAGCAUCAUCACAUUAUUUACCGUGUUUCUUCUAUACAAAAGCAAAUGUCGAAUGGAUAAAGACGACAUAGGACAUUCAUAUAACUUUUCUGACAGUGAAGCCAGUGAAUAUCCACGAAUGAACAGUGAUGGAUUUAUCCAGCUGCCUCUGAAUCCAGAUCAAAAUGAUGAAGAUUAUUCAUUUAUAUGUUCUUCCAGUCCAAAAACACAUCGAGAGUCAUCCCCCAUCCGCAAUGACAGUUUAGAAUCUUUAAUUGAUUACAAAUCUGUUAAAACUAACAUCAAUCAUCUACCCUACACAAAUUCUCCUGAUAUGAAUACAAAUUUAUCUGCAAUUCAAAAUACGUGCGAAUGUAGUUCGUGAUUUCUCUAGCAAUAAACUGUAUUUUAUGUGAAAGGGUUUCAAGCAGUAUAUUUUAAUGCGAACUAUUUAUGUCUACAUACAGAUUCAUAUAAUACAAUCGAUGUAGGUUUUCAAUAAAAUGUAAUGAUAUCUACAUAAUGAU